AUGAACCGCAACGAUUUCGCCACCGGUUUCUUCGCUGUUACCACCCUCCUUCACGACCUCACAAACAGGUAUGGCGGCUACCCUUCACUCAUUGACCCAACCUUCCGUCCAAAAGACCCAGCACUUUCUCAGGUCUUGCGCGCACUCUCUGUUGUCAUGACCAGAGGCAAUGAAAUUGUUGCAACGGCUGCCAAACUCUUUAUGAACAAGCAAACCCUCGAGCUUCAAUUUCUCAUAUGUUCAAACGUACCCGACGAGGAGGAUAAGGGAUACCAUCCAACGCACCUAGAUUUCUCCAUCUUGGAUUCACUCGAGGCGCACGCGAGACCCUUACUUUUCACGAGUACGGACGUCUCAUCCGAAGUUUGUUGCGGGACUACAUGUCGAAUGUCCACGAUUCCGCCAGAGUUGCGACAGUCAAGCGUGAUUUGCUUUAUGCGGUGUAUCCCCGUCCCUCCUCCGCAAACUGGACUGGUACAACCCUAA